AGGGUUAGGGCUUUAUACCAUCCAUAAAGCAUAGCAAACUCGCCUAUUAACGUCCUCUCUGUAUUUCUGUCACUUGCUCUCGACCCCUUUCAAUCUAGCUAUUACCUUCCUUUGAUGAAACCCAAUCCCUGUUCAGGGACUUGGGAUCUGAUAUUGUCCGAUUGGAAUCAUGAGGAAGCGCCAGGUUGUCGUGAGGAAAGAAGAACCUUCAUCUUAUACCAUCAGGCACGUGAGAUACGUAGAGUGCCAGAAGAAUCAUGCCGCCGGAGUUGGAGGGUAUGCUGUUGAUGGGUGCAGGGAGUUCAUGGCGAGUGGAGAGGAGGGCACAGCUGCACUCACCUGCGCCGCCUGUGGCUGCCACCGGAACUUCCACCGAAGAGAAGUCGAGACUGUUUGCGAGUGCUCUUCACCUACUUCAACUGAGGCCUGACCAUCCAAAAUAAGUAAUACCACUUUAUUUCCUUGUCUAAUUAAGAGGUGGAGUUAAUUCAUGCAUGAUGUAGUACUACUGGUGUUCACUGCUUGAUGUGCUUUUGUGUGACUUUGAGAGUGUUGAGUGUUGGUUUCCUGGUUUGAAAUGAAAAUGAUCGAGUAGACCAUCUAUUAUAUAGAUGUAUGUUUA